CGUCAAAAUUUCCGAACUCGUGCUGAUUCGAACCACAUUCUCGAGUUCUCGCAUAUUUUACAGGAAUUUCCAAUUGCGUUCAUCGUAAAUAUCGGCAGAAUGGAUCCCAUGGAGUCGUCCGGAGACGAGCACGAUCACGAUACCGUCGUCUUCGAGGAUUUGCUGAAGAAUCAGGCAUUCUUGACCGCAUCCAUGCGACGCCAAUUGCUCAAGACAAUGGUGCGAUCGCUGCCCGACAAAGUACAACGUCGGAUAAAAGCGCUGAAAAAUCUCCAAUUGGAUCACUUGAAGCUCGAGGCGAAGUUUUAUCAGGAAAUGUACGAACUUGAACGCAAAUAUUUCGAACUCUAUCAACCCAUUAAGGAUAAACGCAGGGAGAUUAUUGCCGGCAAUGUUGAACCAACGGAUGAGGAAGCGGCCUACCAAUCAGCUGGCGAAGAGGAAGACGAGGAAAUGUCGGAGAAGUUGAAGCAAAUGUCGCUGGAUCUGCAAAAAGGUUUGCCCAAAUUUGACGAAAACGUUGCCGGAAUUCCCGAUUUUUGGUUGCAAGUGUUCAAAAGUACGGAAGUUAUCGCCGAUAUGCUUCAACCGCAUGACGAGCCCAUUCUGAAACACUUGCAAGACCUCAAAAUUGUGCACGAUGCGAACGACAUGGCGUACACGAUCGAAUUCCAUUUUUCGCCAAACGAGUAUUUCAAAGAUGCCGUUCUCACGAAGAAAUAUUUUCUGCGUUGCGAAUCGAAUAAAGAUGAUCCGCUCGGGUUCGAGGGACCUGAAAUCAUCAAAUGCACGGGUUGCAUCAUCAAUUGGUUGCCGGGCAAGAAUGUUUGUGUUAAAACGAUUAAAAAGAAGCAAAAACACAAGGCACGUGGCGCCGUUCGUACAAUUACGAAGCAAGUCCCGAACGAUUCGUUCUUCAACUUUUUCGCACCUCCCUUGGCAGCUGAUGAUUCGAAUAUGGAUGAAGAGUCGGAAGCUAUUUUGACGACAGACUUUGAGAUUGGGCACUUUUUGCGCUCUCGUCUCAUCAAUAGGGCUGUUUUGUACUAUUGCGGAGAUAUCGUCGAAGAUGACGAGUCUGACGAAGAGGAAGAAGAAGAAGCAACGGAUGAAGAAACCGGAGAUUCAGAUGAAGACGAUGAACGUCCUGCAAAACCUGCACACAAGAACAAGGGAGGACAAGCAGCUGGCGAUGGUCAACAACCUGCUGAAUGCAAACAAUCCUAAAAGCUUUUUUUUUUACUAUUGAAAAUUUAUCCGUACAUUUACUAAUUUCCUUAUUUUUAUGACUUCAAACGUCAUUUUUUU